GACAGUGAGGUGACGCUGCCAGUAUAAUUCUCUACCGCUGGGGUGCCAAGUCAGCACCGACACUUCAGUAGCAAGGGCAGAGUUGGUAUUAAAAAGUGCUAGAGGGUGCUGCUGAAGAAGACGCUGAAGAGCCAGACGCUACUAUACAUACUACACUAAGUGAGGAGACCAGCAACCAAGAAGAGAGCCACAGUCAAUCAGGGGAUAAAAAUGAAGAGCAGCAGCUGGAAAGCUUAAACAGCUACAAGGUAUCACCAAGUUCACCAAACAGUUUGGACGGAGCAGACUUGUCCUCCAUUGAUGCCAUGAUGUCAGCAGUGAUGAAUGUGGGGAAGAUUGCUGAAAAUGGCGGGAACUCUCAAAAUGUCAAAUCCCCCUCAAAGUCUCCUGCGCCAAAUCGGAUUGGCAGGAGGAACCAGGAAACAAAAGAAGAGAAGUCUUCCUAUACCUGUCCUCUGUGUGAAAAGAUUUGCACUACACAGCACCAGCUAACUAUGCACAUUCGUCAGCAUAACACUGACACUGGAGGGACAGACCAUUCCUGCAGCAUCUGUGGAAAGUCUCUGAGCUCAGCGAGCUCCCUUGAUCGCCACAUGCUGGUGCACUCAGGUGAAAGGCCUUAUAAAUGUUCAGUAUGUGGACAGUCCUUCACCACCAAUGGAAACAUGCACAGGCACAUGAAGAUUCAUGAGAAGGAUCCGAACAGCACAGCAAGCACAACUCCCCCGUCGCCACUGAAGCGCAGGCGAUUAUCAUCAAAACGGAAGUUUAGUCAUGAUGCUGAGAUGGACAGAGAGGAGAGGACACCUGCAAAAAAGGUUGUCGAGGAUGGUCACUCCGGUGAAGGGGAUAAGAAGGCUGAGGAGGAAGUUUAUCAUUGUCCAGUGUGUUUCAAAGAUUUUUUUUGCAAGUAUGGGCUGGAGUCCCACAUGGAGACACAUCCAGAUAAUUCGCUGAGGUGUGACAUCUGUUGUAUUACCUUUCGUACUCAUCGGGGCUUACUGCGCCAUAAUGCAGUUAUCCACAAGCAGCUUCCCAGAGAUCCCAUGGGAAAGCCUUUCAUUCAGAACAACCCUUCGAUUCCGGCAGGCUUCCACGACUUGGGAUUCACGGACUUCUCCUGUAGGAAGUUCCCCCGCAUUUCUCAGGUCUGGUGUGAAACGAAUUUGCGAAGGUGCAUCAGUGACUUCCAUCGAUUUAUUUGCGAGACGUGUAACAAGGCAUUCCCCAUGCUUUCGGCGCUCAAACUGCACACAGAAACUCAUGUGGUGGAUCAGGGAAAAGACAAGCACAAGCCACAGUCCACGACCCCACCCAGCGAGACCCCAGACCAGAAAGCCUUCAUGGCAUCCUUGGGCCUACAGUACACCAAAGACAUCAAGCCUAUCAAGCAGGAGGACAAUACACAAGAUGAGGUCCAAGAAAUGCGGCUUAGAGCACUGAAGAGUAACCUACCUCAGGAACCCGGCAGCACCGGUCUGCUCAGCCUCUCUCCUCUGGAAGCUGCAUCUAUGGGAGGGUCAUUUUCAGUCCUUCCUCCUACAAAAGAAAACAUAAAGCUCCUCUCGCUGCAGCCUUUCCAGAAGGGUUUUAUCAUCCAGCCUGACAGCAGUAUUGUGGUAAAACCCAUCUCCAAUGAGUCUGCCAUUGAGCUGGCAGACAUUCAGCAGAUCUUGAAGAUGGCUUCUUCCGCUCCUCCUCAGAUCAGUCUUCCUCCACUUUCUAAGGCACCUUCUGUCCCUGUGCAGUCCAUUUUCAAGCAUAUGCCACCGCUGAAGCCAAAGCCUUUGGUAACGCCCCGAACAGUCGUCGCAACCUCUACACCUCCUCCUCUUAUCAGUGCCCAGCAAGCCUCCCCUGGCUGCAUCAGCCCAAGCCUCCCACCUCCCCCUCUGAGGCUGAUCAAGAAUUCGGUGGAGUCCUCCUCCAACUCUCACAUCCCCCAGCCGGGAGCCAAAUCGAGUCCUUCCUCGCAGUUGCUCCUCCAACCCAAAGUAGAGCCUUUAACUCAGCACGAGAUGAAGACGCAGCUGGAGCAGGACAGCAUCAUCGAAGCUCUCCUGCCUCUGAGUAUGGAAGCCAAGAUCAAGCAAGAGGUCACAGAAGGAGACCUCAAAGCCAUCAUAGCAGGGGCAGCGAACAAGAAAGCCCCAACCAUGAGGAAAGUUUUGUACCCCUGCCGUUUCUGUGACCAGGUGUUUGCCUUCUCUGGUGUCCUGAGAGCUCAUAUCCGUUCUCACUUGGGUAUUUCCCCAUACCAAUGCAACAUCUGUGACUACAUUGCAGCUGACAAGGCAGCGCUGAUCCGGCACCUGCGGACACACAGCGGGGAGAGGCCUUACAUCUGUAAAAUCUGCCACUACCCGUUCACAGUGAAAGCCAAUUGUGAGAGGCACCUGCGAAAGAAGCACCUCAAAGUGACCAGGAAGGAUAUAGAGAAGAACAUAGAAUAUGUCACCAGCAAUGCUGCAGAGAUGGUAGAUGCCUUCUGCUCCCCAGACACUGUGUGCAAGCUGUGUGGCGAGGACCUGAAGCAUUAUCGGGCCCUCCGCAUUCACAUGAGGACGCACAGUGGCUGCCAGAAGAAGAAGCCAUUUGAGUGCAAGGAGUGUGGCACAGCCUUUUCGGCCAAGAGAAAUUGCAUUCACCAUAUCCUCAAGCAGCACUUGCAUGUGCAAGAAAGGGAGAUUGAGAAUUACAUCUUAGUGGUGGACUGCAGUGCCCAGGAAAGCCAGACAGAUCCUCCUUUAUUGGAGGACAGCACUUAUAUGGACCGCAAGCCCAUGACACCUUUCCUGGAGCCACAAAACGGCUUCUUGCUUGGGACGUCGUCUCACGUUCCCAUCAAACUUGAACCUGCGGGCAACUUCCCGAUGGAUUUUGAUGAGCCAUUGGAUUUCUCUCAGAAGAACAAAAACCUGGGUGCUGUGCAAGUGAAGCAGGAGAACCUGUUUGGCUCUUCUGCCCUGUCCCUCUAUGACUGUUCCAUGGAGCCUAUCGACCUGUCCAUCCCCAAAGCCCUGAAGAAGGAUAAAGAUGAUGUCCCAUGUGAAGCCAGGAAUCAAGACUUGGCUGCUUCUGGGAACAGUGAUAAAGCCUACAACUGUCUGCAGUGUCCUUUGGUUUUUGGUGCCAGUGGGAACUCAGAGAAAAACAGGGCUGUCAGACAUCCCCAGCCACUGAAAGGUUCGUUGCAUUUGACUGUCCCAAUCAUUUCCCCAGCUCUUCUUGGCAAUUCUGCCUUGCUGAGACCUUUGAGGCCUAAACCACCACCGCCACCUCUCUUGCCAAAGCCUCCAGUAACUAAAGAGCUGCCACCGUUGGCUUCCAUUGCACAGAUCAUUUCAUCUGUGUCUUCUGCUCCCGCUUUGCUGAAAACGGAGGCUGCAGACACCAGUCCCAAAGCAGUGAGCAGCUCCACUGGGUGUGACAAAUCAGGGAAUGCCAAAGCAAAAGUGACAAUCGUGACCACCAUUCAGAGAGACUCCAGCCUGCCCAGUGACCUGACUCAGGCGUGUGAUCCAGAGCAGUCUCCCAUUGCCGAGGCUGGGUUGACUAAGAAAAGAGGUAGAAAGAAAGGAACAAAAAAUAAGCCUAAACUUAGCAGUGGUGUGGAUCUGGAGUCAAGUGGGGAGUUUGCCAGCAUAGAGAAGAUGCUGGCUACCACAGACACUAAUAAAUUUAGCCCGUUUCUGCAGUCCACUGACAGUUUCAAGGAAGAAAGCGGCAGAAAUGGAACAAGUGAGGAUGAGAAGGAAACUGCUGAAGAUAAGCUGCUGAGAGGGAAGAGGAACGCUUACUCAGACUGCCUGCAAAAUAUUCCCUGUCCUUACUGUCCUCGAGUCUUUCCAUGGGCAAAUUCCCUGCAGCGGCACAUGCUCACUCACACAGACAGCCAGUCUGAUGCGGAGACGCUAGCCACAGGAAACGAAGUCUUGGACCUGACCUCCUGCGAGAAGGAACAGCCAGAGGAAAUAACAGAACUACCAGAGAGUGAGUGCGGCCCCAAGGAGGAGCAAAAGGCUGACUCCCCUCCGGCAGAAGAGGAUGCCGAAGAAAAAGCGGAUGGAUACGAAGAGGGCCCUGAGGAAGAUUCUGUAAGUAACAAAAGUCUUGACCUCAAUUUUGCCAGCAAAUUAAUGGACUUCAAGCUGGCAGAGAGUGACCAGAGUGCAGGCAGGAGUUCUCAGACUGAAAGGAAACAUGCCUGUGACAUUUGUGGCAAAACCUUCAAGUUUGCUGGCACUCUUAGCCGUCACAAAAAGGCCCACUCUCGUGAGGACAGAAAGGAUGAAAGGAGCAGUGAGGAUGAAAGCAAAAGCAUUCAGGAUGAUGCAGGAGCUCCCUUGAUGCAGGACUCUGGUCUUGAGCAGGAAGAGUCUCCGAUGGACUUGAAGGUAGUGGAGUCUCCUGUGGACUGUGAGGCAACAGGAAAGGAGAAUGAAGAGAGCGAAAGCAUCUCUGAGGGGGAAGGCACAGAGAGAAAGUCCACUGAGAAGAGCAGUGAUGACAGAAAACCAAAGACUGAUGGGGCUAAGAGUACUGCAAAAGCAGACAAAAGAAAGAAAGUCUGUACUGUGUGCAACAAGCGUUUCUGGUCUCUGCAAGAUCUGACGCGACAUAUGCGGUCUCAUACAGGUGAGAGACCGUACAAGUGUCAAACCUGUGAACGGACCUUCACUCUGAAACACAGCCUGGUUCGUCACCAGCGCAUACACCAGAAAGUCAAAAAUGCCCGAAACCAUGGGAAAGAGAGCGACAGGGAAGAGACCCAGUCGAGGUGCGGAGAAGACAGCGAAAAUGAGUCUAGCCACAGUGGCACCAACCCCAUCUCAGAAAACGAGUGCGACUCCGCGGGGGGCGUCGGUAGCCAUGCGUCACUCAUGGGAAGCCGAAAAGAGUCCCUGGCUGGCACGGUCAAGGACUCCCCCUGCAGAGAGGAGAGGCCAAGCGGGCGAGGAGCCGGCACCUGCCUUGCGGAGCCCACCAAGAGUGCACAGAAACAGGCAGCGAAAGACCAGGAACCUCGGGGUAGCUCCGAGCACGAGAGGCCCUCGGGUUUCAUCCAAGACUUGCUGGAGAUGCACAACAAAAAGUCUCCCAUGAAUCACAUCCUUGCCUCUGCAGACAGCGCGCCUCAGCUCUUGGGGGUUGAAUGACUGGCUAGGAGGUUGGACCCGUCCCAGCACUCAAACUGAAGCCAGCAGAGCAAGGUUUCUGGAGUCUUUGUUUUUGGAAGAGCGAGCUACAGCUGUGGGGAGAGUAUGGCAGACUGGACGCGGUGCCAUAUGCCUUUCGGUAUAAUAAUGCAAGAGACUACAGUAUAUACUGAUUUGAGUGCCUUACUACUUUAUUAGAUCUUUUGGUAUCAUAGAUUUUUUUCAAAAAUGAUUUUUUUUUAAUAUUUUAAUGAAUUAUUUGGAGAGGACCUUUUUCAUUUAAGCAUUAAUGUUACCUUUUGUAUUGGUGUGCGUGAGCUUGUUCUUGUAUAUCUGUGAUAGUCGCUGUGUUUGUUCUCUGAGCUGGAAAUGGGGGCGGUGGGGUGGGAGGCCCUUGGAUACCACAGCCAAUAACUGGAAGAAAAAUUAUGUGAAUUUCGUAUGAAAAAGUCAGAGGAAAUGCAGAUGAGAUGUUGAUGUAUUGUUUUUUCUCAGUAGAUGUUCUUGCAUUUGCCACACGGUGGAGCAUUAAGCCUGUUCCAGGCCUGAACAACGUGGCAGUUGAAGGUGUUCAAAGUGGUUCAAGCCAAAAGCAGGAAACACAACAAAUUUCAACCUCACGCUUGUUUCCACUUUUCAGCAUUAGAAAUGGUCUUCUAAAUCCUAGGGGGGUUUUCUGGCCAUCGUGGACUGAGCGUGUGUACAGAGAAGAGUUACAUAGCAACGUAACCUAUGGAAAUUAUGCACCCGCUGUUAUAUAUGUUUGAUUUGCUUCAGUAUAUUAUUAUUAUUAUUAUUAUUUUAUUAUUAUUUUAUAAAUCCGUCAGUUCGCUUGUCUCUGCAGUCAGCAGAAACCAAUGGGCAAUAUUUGCCCACGCAGAUGUAUAACGCAGCUUGGAUCCCCUCUCGAAAUGUUUUUGACUUAACGCUCUCACCAGCUCCUCUUCUUAUGUUGCAGCUCUUCUACUGUACUUUAAAUGAAACCCUUCCUCUGACCGGAGAGUCGAUUGGAGGCCAGCGAGGUAUCACCACGCCUGUACAGGGGAACAUCUCACUCGCGGUGGGGUGCGAGUGCGUGCGUGUGGGUGCGUGUGCGUGCGUGUGUGUUGGGGGGAGAAGCGUGCGAGAACGGGGCCGUGUAAAGCCCCUCCAAGUGCAUAAGAAAGGCACUGCGAGUUCUAGAUUAAUCUUGUUGCAAACACAUCGGUGACAGCGUGUGUUACGUAAAGAGCAAAGUUAUUCCGUCUUCCAGCUGAAAGCAAGCAGGAGAGAAACGCGAGCCUUACCGUCAUCUUGCUACUGUCAUGUUCUAGAGCAAGAAAAUACUACUGGUAAAUAAAACUACAGAUAUAAGACAUGUUAAAAAUAAAUAAAAUAAAUUAAAAAAAAAUUCUUCCUGAGAUUUUGGGGUUGAUGCUUGAAGACUUGAGGUGUGUGUCUAAAUUUCAUAUCAAUACUUCGGCCCCUUUAAUGCUGGCGGCUGGAAUUUCUCCGUAUGGCUCCUGUUGCCGGCAACAGGUGACACUCCGGCCACCGACAUUGAAGGGGUUAAGCGAAAUGUAUCCUACUGUAGCUGUGCAUUUUUAGGAGUGCCCAGCAUUUUUGUUGUCCUUGUUGUUGUUGUCCUUGUUGUUGUUUGUUCAUUGUCCUUCAGUCAUGACCUCUGGGACAGACAGAGCCAUAAUAGCAUUGCCGGAGCCUCACUGUGCUAUUCCACCACCGCAGCCCCCCA